UUUUACUUUCCCUAACGUGAGUUUAGUUACCCAUCAGAGCUGGGUGGACUCAGGGACGUUCUACUAACAUGAACCCGGAUUCGAACUCGACACUUACAGUCACGAUGCUGCCGUUUCUGCUGCUGUAUCUGUACGUGUGCCACGCCCUGUCCCCUGACCCCACCGUCACCUCACCCAGCGGCAAGUACCGGGGUACGACCCUCACCUCGCCAGCUGGACUUAUCUACAACGCUUUUCUGGGGAUCCCGUUCGCGCUACCACCUACAGGGGCUCUCAGAUUUGCUAAACCCGUCCCCUACCCACAUAUACGUGGUAUAUACGACGCCAUACAUACGGGCCCAGUGUGCAUACAGCCCCUAGGUGUAGAUCUUGGUGCUCCAGCUGACGAAAACUGUCUCUACCUCAACGUGUAUGUUCCAAAAACACCGGGAAAGCUGAAAAAAGUUCUCGUGUACAUCCACGGCGGGGCGUAUUUCUUAGGAUCGGCAAACGAGCAAGUGCCGGGCGAUUUUGUUUCCCAGAAUGACGUCAUUGUGGUGACCUUCAACUACCGCCUCAGCUAUUUGGGGUUUUUGAAAGGAAACUGCUCUGAAUAUCCGGGAAACCAAGGCUUCUGGGAUCAGAUAUUGGCCUUGAGAUGGGUCAAGGACAACAUCCGGUCGUUUGGAGGCGACGCAGACGACAUUACCGUAGCCGGCGAAUCGGCAGGAAGCGAGAGUAUUUCCGCUCUGAGCAUUACACGGCAGGCUAGACAUUUCUUUAGAAAGGCAAUCAUGCUGAGCGGGACAGUGUUCUCUAACUUGUACUCACUCAACAACGGCGAUGAGAUCGUUCGGAAUUCCCUAGCAAACACUGUGGGAUGCAAGUCUCAAGAUCCGUCCAAGAGAUUUCAUUGUCUGCAGUCACUACCUGCAAGCUCCUAUGUUUUACCCGUGGCCUUGAACCUGAGGACAUUGUUGGUCUCCGUGGACGGGGAACUGUUCCCGGCCCCCAUAGCACAGCUGGUGAAGAACACGAGUUAUCUGAAGGAGGUGGGCUUUUUCGAGAGGGAUUAUCUCGUCAGCUCUGUCAGUAACGAAGGAGCGAUUGUCUUGCAUGGGGUGUUCGCAUCUGGGCUGGAUCCUAAGAACGUCACCGCUAGCCAGUUGAGUCAGGUAAUCCCACAACCUGUCUCCACUAUACAAACCAUGCUAGACUUUUACAGUAGUCUCGAUUUACCUUUCCUCCCCCUGUAUGCUAUAUUGGGAGACCUGGUUUUUACCAUACCUGAACUCAACUUGUUAAGGAUUUUUUCCUCUCAAGCCACCUCCCACAAGGCCUACUACAUGAGGUUCAACUACUUCCCCACUUACCUCCCACCACUACUAAAAGGCUUCCCCCACUCAUUUGACCUUUGUUACCUGUUUGACCUGAGACCACGUGAUCUGCUGACCCUCUACUACCACCUGGAGACGAAUUCGAGCUUUCAGUUGACGGACGUGCGUAUGAAGAUACGGUAUAUGAGAAUUAUAAAAGACUUCAUGUGCAGUGGAAAUCCGGGUGUGUCAUUGUCCAAGGAUUUGAACAUUACAUGGAGACCUUACGAUGGGCAGUCUGAGAAUUUCCUAGAGUUCAGCGAUAAGCCUGCCGUCUUGCAACACCCCAUCAAUCAAAGAAAAAAUUUCUGGCACACACAAUUCAAUGAUAAUCUCUAGUCUUUCGCUGUGAGGUGCAAACAAAUAUGCGAAGAC